AUGACUACAAAUCAAUCAGACAGUCGUAAGGUGCGAGAAGUUCGACGUAGGCAACGUCAACACAAACGCACAACUGAGAGUAAUCAUGGGGCCAUCGCCGAAGAGCCUGCUCUCCAGCUCGCUCGUUACUUCAACGCGAAGGACGAGGAGGAGCUCAGAAGUGAGCGUUUGAGCCGGGAGGCCGUGGUUGUUUUGGCGCGUUUGGAAGAGGAGAGGCAGAUGAUGAGGGAGGCGCUGGGGGUCUCUGGCCGGGUGAGAGAUUCGUAA